AUGAAUUUAUUUAUAUUUAUACUACUUAUAUCACUAGUUUAUUCGAAUGACGUAUUUCAAUUAAUCACUCAUCCAGAUUUAAAUUUUAAUGAUGUAAAUCGAAUAGGUUUAUUUGGAUCUUUUGAUGCUUUAUCUUUUUAUUCAUUUAUAAAUGAAACUCAAAAUAUACAACUACCUUCAUCAUCACCAUCAUCAUCAUCAUCACCAUCAUCACCAUCAUCACCAUCACCAUCACCAUCAUCAUCAUCAUCAUCAUCAUCAUCAUCAUCAUCAUCAUCAUCAUCAAUAAUAAAUAAAAGAGAUGUUGAUCAAAAUUCAUCUGGUUUAUUCAUACAAGAUUCAUCAAAUAAUAAUAAUUUACAAAUUGCUUCAAUAAACGGACAAAUUAAUCAAAUCGAAAAAAUAUCAAAUCAGUCAAUAAUUAUAAAUGGUAAUUUUUCUCAAAUAAAUAAUCAACAAGUUAAAAGUCCAAUCAUAUAUAAUAUAAAUACAAAGGAAAUAACUAAAAUUUUAGAUGACGAUGUACAGGGGAAUGUAAAUACUUUCUUAAUUGAUAAUUCAUUAAUUUAUUUAGGUGGAGAUUUUCAAUUUAAUCAAACUUAUGGAUCUGCAAUUUAUAAUAUAACUUCAAAAGAAACUACGAUUACAAAAUUCCAUGGGUUUGGAAAUGAUUCAAUUAUUAAUACAAUUUAUAAAUUACAAGAUUCAUUAAUAUUUGGUGGGAAAUUUAAUACUUUAGGAUUGCAGGAUUUAUUAAAAAUUAAUACAACCACAAAUUCGACAAGAAAUAGAAAUGAAACAAACACCACUAUAAUACAAGCUGAACAAUUAAUAUCUUUAAAACAUGGUCAAUUCACAUCAAUAAAUAGUGAAUCAGACAAUUCACAAGUCGUAUGUCCUAGUAAUUAUCAAUGGCAAGCUCAACCUUCAUCAGGUGCAGAAUGGAGAGUCGAAUUACCUACUGAAAUGAAAGGAGUUAUACCUACAAAGGCAAGAAUAUAUAUACCCGAUUCAACAAAUGGAAUUAAAUUAUUCAGAAUAUAUUCAUAUCCAAAUAAUGGUAUCAUGAAUCUAACAUAUAUUGAUCCAAAUACAAAUGAAUUAAAUUAUUGUGAUGCAUGGUGUCCAUUAUUACAAUUUGAUGACUUACAAGAUAGGAUAGACUCAAAUAUUGAUAAUUCAAUUGAAUUAAAUCAAGAUGAUACAUUUGUAGACGAACAAGAUGGUACAUUUUUUAAAUAUUAUGAUCCUUCAACAAAGACUAAAAAUUUAGGUUACGGAACCAAUUUUCAAGAAUUUGCAUUUGUUAAUGAAGUUGGAAUUGAUUCAAUUGGUUUUACUAUUAUUGAUUGGUUUGGAGUUCAAGGUGAAUUUAGCGGAUUUGAAUUGUAUCAAAAUGCAAUUACUGUAUUUGGAAAUAAUACAUUAAAUGAACCAAAUUGUGGUGAUGAAUCAAGUAGUAAUUAUGCGGAAAUACAAUCUGGAAAUUUUACUUCAAUUUUAGAUAACAGUCCAGGUUUAAAUUCAGAUUAUUUAGUUACUUCAGAUCAAGAUGCUAAAAUUAUAUUAUAUCCAAAUAUAUCUUACUCUGGUAAUUAUUCAAUUAUAAUGAAUACACCUGGUUGUUCAUAUGAUAAUACAUGUGCUCAGAGAUCAAUUGUAAAUGUAACUAUUAAAAGUGAUCAAGAUGAAAUAUUAUCAACAAAUUUAAUUUAUCAAAAUAAUGAGAAUAAUAAAUUUGAUUAUUUAUUUUAUGGUCAUUUAAAUGGAUCAACUAUAAGUGAUGGACAAAAUAAAAUUGAAAUCUCAUAUCAUGAUAAAAUCAGUGAUUCAAGUACUAUAAUGGUUGUUGAUAAAAUUACUGCAAAUAUUGUAUCAUUGGAUAAUUAUUAUGAUAGAAAUAAUACAAAUAGGACAGGAAAUAGGGAUAGUUUUGAGAUUAAUCCAAUUAAAUUAAAUGGAUUGUUUGAAUAUUCAUUAAGAAAUUUUACAAAUUUUGAUGAACUGAAAAUAUAUAAUGGUUCAACUAUAAGUUUGAAUAAUACAUUUGUUGGAAAUUCAUCAAUAAAUUAUCUUUCAGGAAAUCUAAACAAUGAUACAGAAGUAAAUGAAAUAACAUCAAUUCAUGAUUCAUUAUUUUUACUUGGUGAUAAUUUCCAAAGUAGAAAUUUUACCAUUUCAAAUUCAAAUUUAAUUACUUUAAAUUUUGGAGAUUAUAAUACUACAUUAAAUGAAACAAAUAUAAAUAUACCAUCUACAUUAAAAAAGAGAGCAGAAUUUCUUAAUGCAAAUUUCAAUAAUUCAAUUUCAAGAAUUAUUCCAACAAGUAAUGGAAAUGGAAUUUUAACAUUAGGUGAUUUUACUCUAUCUGAUUCCAUACAAGAUCUUUCAAAUGAUAGUGAAACAAUAUCAGUUGCAAAUAAUAUAGCUUUGAAUGUAAAUGAUCAAUGGUAUUCAUUUGGUAAUGAUUAUUGGAAUACUGAAAUUAAUCAAUUUUCAAAUUUCACAAUCAAUGAUAUUGAAUAUUAUUCAUUUUCAUCUAAUAAUGAGUUUAAAAUCUGGGAUAAUUCAAAUUUUAAAUGGAUAGAUAAAGAUUUUAACAUUUCACAAUCUACUUUGUUAAAUUCAAAUUUACAAAUUUUAGGAGGUCAAUCAUUUUCAAACAUGGAUAAAUAUUCAAUAAAUCAAGCAUAUAUUGAAAAUAAUAAUAAUCAAUUCAAAUCAUAUAAUCUUAAUUCUUUUUCCAAUAUAAUAACAAACUCAUUUUAUAUAAAUUCAUCAAUGUCAGUAAUUGGAGGACAUGAAUCAAUACAAUUUUUAAUUAAUAAUUCAACAACUUCAUUAAAUGGUACAUUAAAUUUUAUUAACAAUAAUAUAUACGUUGAAUCUUUAUAUGUUGACAAUAAUCAAAAAUAUUUAUUUAUUGGUGUUAAUGGAACUGUUGAAAUUAAUAAUAAUCUUAAUGUUACAGGUAUAAUAAUUUAUGAUCUUAAAAAUAAUACAUUUGCAAGUUUUCAACCAUCUGAAUUAUCAAAUAAUGAUGAAUCAACAAUUGAAAUUAAUUCAAUUGUUUUAUUUGAUGAUGAUAAUAAAUUAUUAGUAGGUGGUAAAUUUGAUAAUGCAGGAAGUUUAUCUUGUCCAAAUUUAUGUAUUUAUGAUAUUGGAAAUACUAGAUGGAUUAAUCCACAAAAUAAUGAUCGAAAAGAUAUUCAAGGUGUAGUUAAAGAUAUGAAAUUUUAUAAAGAUAAUUCAGUAUUGAUAAGUGGACAAGGUUUAAAAUUUGAAAAUUCAAAUGUUUCGUUCUUUACUUAUAAUUUUGAAUCACAAACAUUUAAUAUAAAGUCAAAUUUGAAUUUAGGUGGAAAUAGAAAUAUCAACAAAUUCAUUAUCAAUGAUUUAAGAUCAAAUAAUGAUUUACAAAAUAGAAUGAUUGCAUAUGGAGAUAACUUUAUUUCUGGAUUUGAUGGAAAUAAUUGGAAUAAAAUUGACUCUCAAAUAAAUUUCACAAAUACUAAAUUUACAGAUUUGAAAUUAUUAAAAUUAUCAAAAUCUUCAAAUUAUAAUGAAUCAUAUUUUGAUUCAGAUUCAAUAAUUGCAAUUUCGGGUCUAAUCAACUUGAAAAAUUACGGAUUGGUAAAUAUGGCGUUAUUUAAUGGAACAGAUUGGAUUCCAUAUAUUUAUACUUUAAAUGAUACUCGUUUUGGAAUUGUCAAUUCAAUUUUAAUCAAUGAUGAUAGAUACCGAUUUCAAAGCUCAGAUGAUUUAAAAAAUUCAAAUGUUAAUUUAUCAAGAGGUAAAGUUGUUGGAAUUUCAUUAGCUUGUGCACUUGGUGCUACCUCAUUAUUCGGUUUAUUUUAUAUUAUUCCUUAUUUUGUAUUAUUUAAGAAAAGAGAUAGAGAAAGAUUUGAUGAACCUGGUUAUGAUCAAAGAAUUUAUGAAAAUGAUAUGAUGGAAGCUGUUAAUCCUGAAGAUUUAUUACAUGAAAUAGAUUUACAGAGAGAGAAAUAG